CGGUGCGCGGUUUGCGAGAAACAAUUCGCACAACAGUGCAAUUUGAAGAUACAUAUGCGAACACAUACAGGAGAGAGGCCGUACGCGUGCAAUAUAUGCGACGCCAGAUUCACCCAAGCAGUCAUCCUGAGACACCAUGUCCAAUCGCAUUCAGAUGAAAGACCGUAUCAGUGUGAAGUUUGCGAGAAAAAAUAUAAAGUAAAGAAAUAUUUUCUUGCGCAUUUAAAAAUACAUGCAGGCGGCGUGAAACCAAAAUAUCAAUGUGAUUAUUGCAACAAGUGGUUCUCGCGGCGAUCGUAUUUACGUCGACAUACAAACGUGCACACCGGGAAGAAUCUUCUAGAAUGCAAUGUUUGUCACAAAAAGUUUGUGCAUCUGCGUUUAUUCAAAAUCCAUGUGAUGUCACACGAGAAGAAGCCUUACGAAUGUGAUGUGUGUAAUGUUAAAUUUAUUCACAAGAACAGUUUCACAAAGCACAAAACGAUACACUUCUUGCGGGAUUCAGUCAAAUAUUUAUGUGACCAUUGUGACUUGACGUUUGAAUCUAAGUUAGCACUUUGUCGCCAUAUACAUGAUCUCAACAUUUAUCCACAUAACAAAUUACCCUUAGAGUCGCCGAAGCCUCGGAGUCGCAUAUUGGACCCGCCCAGUACGCGCCGCAAGGGAGAUCCAUACGAGUGUGCUGUUUGCAACAAAAAGUUUUCCAAUCGAAACGAUUUUACGAGGCAUGUACGCGACACACACAUGGGGGAAAAGCCGUUCACUUGCGCUAUUUGUAACAAACCGUUUGCUCGAAAACACUACCUAAAGCAUCACAUGAGAGUGCACAGUCGCGGGAACCGAUACGAGUGUAGUGUUUGCGACAAAGCAUACACAACAAAAAAGGGUUUGACAGAUCACUUGCCGUCGCACACCGAGAAGCGACAUCGGUGCGAUGUUUGUCACAAGAAGUUCUUACUCGUCAGUACUCUCAACAAGCACAUCCUCACACACAGAAACGAUACGCACGACACGCUCAGAUGCAAUCAUUGCGGACAUAAAUUCAAGUCUAAAUCUAAAUUGAGAAAUCAUAUUAUGAAAUUCAAUGUUUAUCCGCACGCUAAGCGCGGAGAAUCAAAAACUCUAGUUCCUAGUCAUGUCGUCGAAGAUCUCAUCAAGAACGCAAUGAUCAAGAAAGAGAGUCCUCCAAUAACAAGUACUGAACGUCUAGAAACCGAGCGUAGAGUCAAAACUGAAGGUAUGGAGGCAAUACAUCAACAAGCUGUGUGUAUUAAAACUGAAAAUUCUGAUGAAAAUACUGGAAUAAAACUAGAACCAAGUGCCUUAUUGACCCCAAAUAGUAUGACAGCAAAAUCAAACACGAAAAAUGAGAAGGAAUGCCCUAUCUGCUUCAAAGUAAUGGCGCACAAAUACAGCCUCAAUAUUCACAUGAAAAUCCACACUGGCGAGAGGUCAUUCGCAUGUACUGUUUGCGACAAGAGAUUUCAACUGCGCAAGACUCUGCAAAUCCACAUGAGAACGCACACUGGUGAGAAACCAUACCAGUGCCAUGUUUGCAAGAAACGAUUUUCGACUUUAUCGCCGCUGAAUACGCACUUAAUAUUGCAUACGGGCGCCAAGCCUUUUCAGUGCGAUGUGUGCGAAAAACGAUUCGCUUCGAAAUCCAAUUUGUCAAACCACGUAAUAUCGCACAGAAAGGACAAGAUGUUUAAAUGUAAUGUGUGUAGUAAAGGAUUCGCUCGCGCAUCCAGUCUGAAGCAGCACAUGAGACGUCAUCUCGGUGACAGACGGUACGCUUGCAAUUUGUGCGAUUGUAAAUAUGUAAAUAAUACACAUCUGAAGCGCCACUUGCUGACACACGGCGUCCGUGAGAAGCGACACGCUUGUAAUGUGUGUGACAGAAAAUAUUUAACGACAAAUCAUUUAAAACGACACUUGCUAACCCACGAAUAGUAUAGUUAGUACUAGUAAUACCUAAACAGUUUUUUUCAUAUUUGGCAUAAAAGGUAAACAAUCUUAGUGUGUCUUUUUUUAUCAAAAUAUAAUCAAAUAAAUAACCUAGAGAUA